CUCCCGCACGUUUGCGGGGCUGGCCUUCAGCCGGCGCGCGACCAGCGCCAGCAAAGCAGCCUUCACAGCGGAAAAAAAAAAAAGCUCAUGCGCAAGUCGCCGCUGGCGGUACCGCUCCAGCGCGGUCAGGCUGUCCUCACGGUUCACGUGCCAGUGGACACCCGGCCCAUCAUUCCGGGCACCUACACCGUCACGGUCAAGAUGGUAGGGGGCCCUGUGUGGGGGGCUUUCCGCGGUCGCACCGAUUUGGUGCUGCAGGCGGGUGGCUAUCCCACCACCUCGGACCCCUCGAACCUGGCGUGUGCUUAUGUGGUCUCAGAGCAGUGCGCCAAAUCGGUGGGCCCCAAGGGGGAGCCCCAGGCCCCCGCAGGCCAGGGCAUCACCAACCACAUCUUUGCCUGUGUGCGGGGCCCAGUCUGGGACCCGCAGCUCUCUCACCUGCACUGUGCCAAGUUUGAGAUGCCCGGUGAGGAGCCCAUGCAGGUGGAGGUCCGUGGCGCCCCCCAGGCGGCUGGGGCGGCCACGACAGCUGCGGCAGGCAGCCCUGCUCCGGCUGCAGCUGGGGUCGCCGACCUGGGUGGCAACACCUUGGGUGUGGCGAGGCCCGCGGCUGCCAUGGCGACCGCAGCGGACAUUGUUGACCACGUGGGGGACGUGCAGAUGCAGGAGGCGCAGCAGCACAGUGGGGCUCCCGCGUCACAGCCACCCUUUGAUCAGCGGGCAGCCGCCAGGCAGGAUCAGAAGCAGACCGCUGUGAUGCAGCGGUACUUGGCCUACAUGGCGGAUCUCCAUCUCCAGCAGCAACGGCGGUUACAGCAACAGCAGCAGCAGGAGCCGCAGCGCCAGCUGGAUGACGCCGCGCAGCAGGUGCAGACGGCCUACAUGGACUACGUGCUCCUAGACGCCCGCACCCUGCGGUCCGCUAAGCGUGGGCUGGCGGACCCCGGCGGGGCCAGGGGGCCCAGCCGCCGGCAACGCCAGCACCGCAGCCGCAGUACCUCCAGCCUCAUGAGCCUGGGCAGCGCUCCGUUGCACCCCGGCGGCGCCAGCUCAGUACAGGUGGGCCAGGUGCUGGCGGCGAAGCUGGCCUACCACUUCAGCUUCCUCAACCCGUCGCCUGCGCAGCUGAAGGAACUCACCGACCUGGUGGACCACUUUGCUGCGCGCUCCAUGCACGCUGAGGACGCCAGCCUGGUGUCGCAUGGGAACCCGCUCCUGCUGCCCAAGCGGGAAACGGCCUGUCUGCCGUACAAGGACGGGGGUGUCAACCACGUCGACCUGCCUGCGUUCCUGUCUGCCCUGCAAGCUAAGACUUUCGCCAGGCCGGCAACCCUGGAAGAUGCUCACCCGGGCGCUGCUUACCCAUGUGCGCCCGGACUCCGCCACCACGUGGGCGUGGGUGUACAGCGACGCGCCGGCGCCAGCGGGGCUGCCUGCCCGGCUGGCGGCCGCGGUCGGCCACGUGCGGAGCGCGGGCGUGGAACAGCAUCCGCCGCAGCCAGCCACUCAGCCGCCAGCGGCGCCGCCGCAGUGGCGGGUUAGCCUGGACCAGCUGUGGGUGGCUAACACUGCGGGGGCUGUGUCCUACGUCCACUACACGGGGCGGCUCUUGGAGCCUGGGCCUGGCGUGCUGCCCCCGGCAGGGGUGCGGGGUGGCCAACUCGCCCCAUGUGAUCGGCAACGGCCGGCAACCGCCCCCAAUUCCCAGUUGCGACCAGGCCCCGGCCCGAUUUCUUUGCAUAGACCUAUAAGGAGUACCCCAUAGAAGACCCCUGGCGCGUCGGGCGACUAUGAAACGGUGGCCGAAUACAUGCUUGUCGACGCAAAUUUGAGUCUCGGCUUGGAGGCAGGGAAAGCUGCGCGAUAGCAACCUAUGGCCUUAUUAUGUAUUGGAGGUCUGAAGAAUCUUUGUUUCAGGUCUUCGGGUGCCUACGACAAGCAGAGAGGGGCUUCCAUGCGCGGUGCGAGGUGCAAUUCUGAGCCUAAGUUCGAAAGCAGGACUGCGCAAUAGCAGCCGCCAGCACUACUUUGACCUUGACAUGUAACAAUCAGUUUGG